AUGGCGGCGACUCUGGGACCCUCUGGGUGGUGGCAACGGUGGCGGCGGCGUUUAUCGGCUCCGAAUGGGUCCAGGAUGUUGCUCCUUCUCCUUUUGUUGGGGUCUGGGCAGGGGCCACGGCAAGUCGGGGCGGGUCAAACGUUCGAGUACUUGAAACGGGAACACUCGCUGUCGAAGCCCUACCAGGGUGUGGGCACAGGCAGCUCCUCACUGUGGAAUCUGAUGGGCAAUGCCAUGGUGAUGACCCAAUAUAUCCGCCUUACCCCAGAUAUGCAAAGUAAACAGGGUGCCCUGUGGAACCGGGUGCCAUGUUUCCUGAGAGACUGGGAGUUGCAGGUGCACUUCAAAAUCCAUGGACAAGGGAAGAAGAACCUGCAUGGGGAUGGCUUGGCAAUCUGGUACACGAAGGAUCGGAUGCAGCCAGGGCCUGUGUUUGGAAACAUGGACAAAUUUGUGGGGCUGGGAGUAUUUGUAGACACGUACCCCAAUGAGGAGAAGCAGCAAGAGGCCCAGAAGAGGCGAUAUUCUCCAGGAGUCCAGCGGGUAUUCCCUUACAUCUCAGCCAUGGUGAACAAUGGCUCCCUCAGCUACGAUCAUGAGCGGGAUGGGCGGCCUACAGAGCUGGGGGGCUGUACGGCCAUUGUCCGCAAUCUGCAUUAUGACACCUUCCUUGUGAUUCGCUAUGUCAAGAGGCAUCUGACGAUAAUGAUGGACAUCGAUGGCAAGCAUGAGUGGAGGGACUGCAUUGAGGUGCCGGGGGUCCGUCUGCCCCGGGGCUACUACUUUGGCACCUCCUCCAUCACUGGGGAUCUCUCGGAUAAUCAUGACGUCAUUUCCUUGAAGUUGUUUGAGCUGACAGUGGAGAGAACCCCAGAAGAGGAGAAGCUGCAUCGAGAUGUGUUCCUGCCCUCCGUGGACAACAUGAAGCUGCCUGAGGUGACCGCCCCAUUGCCGCCCCUGAGUGGCCUGGCCCUCUUCCUCAUCGUCUUCUUCUCGCUGGUGUUUUCCGUAUUUGCCAUUGUCAUUGGUAUCAUACUCUACAACAAAUGGCAGGAACAGAGCCGAAAGCGUUUCUACUGAGCCGUCCUGCUACUGCUGCCCCUGUGGCUGUCACUAUGAGGCGUGGGAGGAGCAGGCGCUGGCCUGAGUAUAUAGCCUAGCAGGCCUUCUCUAGUCUCCAACAGCUGGUCAGGGACUCUGUUCUGUCACUGGAACUUUGAAUGCAGGGAUACUGCAUUGCCAUGGUCAUCCAUGGGGACAUCUGACUCUGGUUCAGGAAGCCCACCUACCCCAGGGCAGUGCUGCUGUGAUGUGCCUUUCCCUGCAGUCCUUCCACUUGGGAGCUAAGAGGGAUGGAGAGAAUAUAUGCGGUUAUGCUACCAAAAUCACAGAAAAGAAUUUCAUAGCUCAGGCUGCCUUAUUGUUGGACUCAGAGGACCCUUGUACUUCAUUUUUAAAUCUGCAAAUACUACAACACUGAUAACUACUCAGACCUUCCUGGCAUCCAUUCAUUGUUUUUCAUCCAAGCCUCUGUCCACCUGAGGAACUUUCAUUAGCAAUCUGGAUGGAAACUUCUUCCCUGUGUUGCCUUCUCCCUCCAUUCAUCGCUUUCUCCAAAUUCAGCCUGAACUAGAAGAGACCAUCUGGAUGCCUCUCUUUUGGGAGCCUGGGGCUGCAGAACAAACUUAGGUUUCACUGACCCUCAUUAGGUGGCCAUGGGGAAAGGGCUUUUUGCUUUGGCUCACUGCUCUAGCAAUUGUUCUUUAGCGUGAAUCUUGGCUCUUUUGGUUUGUGACUUUCCCAGUUGGUUCCUUUAGGCCCUUGGUCACGUUUGGCACACUUGGUGUGCAAGUCAAGAGAAGCUUGGAAGACUCCAUGGAUGUAAUAGAAGCAACUGUGAAACUGACCAGCUCCAUGUUUUGACACCAAAAGCAACACUUGCCAUGUGGUCUAACCAUGUGGAGAUGUUUCUGGACUCUGGAGCCUGCAUGUUUUGUGUUUAUCAUGAUUUUUUGGAAUCCCACUGAGUGUUCAAAACGUAAGGAAGCUUUUUUAUAGCCUCGGCUUGGAUAUGACCCAAAGAGAAAACUUGGCUUCUUUUUCUUAACGGCUAAGAAACCGUUGGUGUUCUCCUGUUGCAAAUCUGGGAGCAAUAGACCCUCGUCAUCUGUGCCUGGAA